UUAAGGCCAUUUCGUGGACGCCGGAUCUGUGAGAGUGCUUGUGAAGCUGGGCGGAGGGGAACGGAAGAGCCGUCCGUGGGUGUGUGGAUUUGAGCCUCCGUAUUUCUAACCCAAGAUUUCGAAAUGCAUCGUGAUUCCUGUCCAUUGGAUUGUAAAGUUUAUGUAGGUAAUCUUGGAAACAACGGUAACAAGACUGAAUUGGAACGAGCUUUUGGCUAUUAUGGACCACUCUGAAGUGUGUGGGUUGCUAGAAACCCUCCCGGCUUUGCUUUUGUUGAAUUUGAAGAUCCCCGAGAUGCAGCCGAUGCUGUCCGAGAGCUAGAUGGGAGACCAUUAUGUGGCUGCCGAGUAAGAGUGGAACUGUCGAAUGGUGAAAAGAGAAGUCGAAAUCGUGGUCCACCUCCCUCGUGGGGUCGUCGCCCUCGAGAUGAUUAUCGGAGAAGGAGUCCUCCACCUCGCCGCAGAUCUCCAAGACGGAGAAGCUUCUCCCGCAGUCGGAGCAGGUCCCUUUCUAGAGAUAGGAGAAGAGAGAGAUCACUGUCUCGGGAGAGAAAUCACAAGCCGUCCCGAUCCUUCUCUAGGUCUCCUAGCCGAUCUAGGUCAAAUGAGAGGAAACAGAAGACCAGUUUGCAAGAGGAGUGGUGUACAGGAAAUGACUUCAUUUGACAGGAGUAUGUACAGAAAAUUCAAGUUUUGUUUGAGACUUCAUAAGCUUGGUGCAUUUUUAAGAUGUUUUAGCUGUUCACAUUUGUUUAUCUUGGAACAGUGACACAUAAAAAUGUAAUUCUCUAUGGUUUGAAAUGAAUCAUAUGAGGCAUGUAAUAUCAAGAAUUGUUACUUUACAAUGUUCCCUUAAGCAAAAUCGAAUUUGCUUUUAACUUUUUAGUCUUGCAGAGACUGAUAGAUAAUAAACCUCUCCUGCCCAUCUAAAGUGUGAUGUUUAAUAUUACGGAAACUGGCAAAAAUUGAACCUAAGAUCUUCCAGAGCUGGGAUAUAAUAUGCAGCUGCAGUUGAACAUACAGUCUUCAAAAGCUGCUGUGAGCACAAGCCAGGUAAAAAUUAAAGCUGCGUCAUUACAACUAGAUUUAGAGGUUAAAAAAAAAGUCCAACUAGUCUUCACACUGGGCAGAGGUUGUCCAGUUGGUGUAGAAUCAAAGAAGUUUCAAGAAAGUUAGUUUACCUUGCCUUUAGGUCAUAAGUUUCUUCUGUGAUUGCAGUAUAUGAAUACAUAGCUCUUUGUAACAUUCUUCAUUUGGAAAUUUGAGACUAUCCAAGAUACCAGUGUCAUGCCAGUUUAAGGGUACAUUGUAGAGCUGAACUUUGAGUUACUGUGCAAAAUUUUUUUUCAUGCUGUCAUUUGUAAUAUGUUUUGUGAGAAUCCUUGGGAUUAAAGUUUUGGUUA